CGUUGUUUGGUUCUUGCUCACUGCCAUGAUCGAUGGAGACAUACUACUACUCUCAGUUUAAUCACGCCGUCGUUCAAAUCGUUUUGUUCGAUAAAGUAACCAAUGCCGCCGCCAUCAGGUCUCGCAUUGUCCAGGCUGCUAAAAUUAUUGGUGUCGACGGAGACACUGAGCGUGAAGCUGUCAACUUCGCCUUCAUUGAUGCACGGCUGAUAUCAAGCCCACUUCAUCUUCAGACAGCAAUUUACCAAGCCCUUUUAGCAGAGGCGCAGGGUCAACUUCGGACCAAAACGAUCCACUCAGAGAUACUAUGGGCAUUGAACCCCACCAACAAUAUCACUGAAGCCAUUCGACGAUAUGGGGUAUCGGAUGCCUCCACCACGCUUAUUCUUGUCCGUGUAGAUGUCUCAGAUAUCCCUGAUAUACAGCGUCGCAUGUCCGACAUCGUCCAAGGCUCUAUCGUGCCUUUUGAAGCGCUGGGCCAGAUGACGGACUGGUCAACUAUCCAAAAGCAUUAUAAAUUGGACUCAGAGCCAGUCCUGAAAGAGGUGCAAGGGAAUAAGGAUCGAGAACAUUCCAUCGUCGACAAUAUUGUUGUAAGCUCAGUAGCAAUGAAGAAUGUCAUGGCAUGAAUUCGAUUAUUGGUGACAUCCAGCAAGUCAUCCGUAUCGCC